AGUGGUCCCCUCCCUCCCGCUGCCAUGUUGGAUUCAUCCACAGCUCCUCAGGCUGCUGGACUUCCCGAAUCAAAGUUGCGUGUUUGUCCAACUCCGGACAUUUACGAAGUACGCAGCUCUACAUUUUACACCAAGCGGAGUAUAUAACGACCUUUCUCCAGCUGAAAGCAACCUGGAGCCUAACCCCCGCCUCCCUCCCCCUGCUCGGUCCUCCUGGCCGCAGCGGGACUGAGCGGAGAUGGUUGCAGGCCACGGCGACCGGAGCCCGCAUGGAAAUUCUGUCCCGAGGAGAGAAGGUUAAGGCCAGUCCCAGCAGAAGCUCGCCGCACCCGGGGUAUCCAAGCCAGCUCGGAGCCAUGAACAGCCACCCUCCGCCCCGCAGGGCCGCGAACGUGGGCUCGCUGCUCCUCACCCCGCAGGAGAACGACUGCCUGUUCGGCUACCUGGGCAGGAAAUGCGCGACCCUGUGUUCGGCGGUGGUGCAGGUGUACAGGGCCGAGCGGAGCGGCGGCUGGGCCAAAAGGUGCUGCGGCGUGGCUUGUUUGGUCAAAGACAAUCCUCAGAGGUCCUACUUCAUCAGGGUGUUCGACAUCAAGGAAGGGAAAACCAUGUUCGAACAAGAACUCUACCACAACUUCUCCAUCAGCAGCCCCAGGCCGUACUUCAUCACCUUCGCAGGAGACAGCUGUCAGAUCGGUUUGAACUUCGCCAGCGAAGAAGAAGCCAAGCGGUUCAGGGUGGCGGUCAGCGACCUGCUCAACAGGAGGCAACGCAAAACGGAGAAAAGAGGUGACCUGAAACAUGGUCCAGCUCUGCCCAUGGCCACAGUGGACAUCAAGAACCCAGAGAUCAACAACCUGCGGUUCCACAACUCCCACAGCCACCAUCAGCCUUACCACCUCAACAACAUGCUGAGCCACAGCGGCCUGGUCCGCAGGGACAAGAAGAGCAAAAGCAAAAAGAAGAAGCUGACCAAGGCUGACAUCGGCACGCCCAGCAACUUCCAGCACAUCGGCCACGUGGGCUGGGAUCCAAAUACAGGUUUUGAUCUGAACAACCUGGACCCUGAGCUGAAGAACCUGUUUGACAUGUGCGGGAUCUCAGAGGCUCAGCUGAAGGACAGAGAGACGUCUAAAGUCAUCUACGAUUUCAUCGAGAAGAAGGGCGGAGUGGAGGCAGUCAAGAACGAGCUGAGGAGGCAGGCACCACCUCCGCCUCCUUCCCGGAGCAGCGCCCCUCCUCCCCCACCCCCACCACCACACAGCACAGCCCCACCCCCACCCCCACCUCCACCGUCAAGAGGGAGCAGAGGAGCCCCCCCUCCACCUCCUCCGUCCAGAGCCCCCGUUUCAGCUCCUCCUCCCCCUCCUCCCUCCAGACCGGGGGCUCUCGGUGCCCCGCCUCCUCCUCCUCCGUCUAGGGGAGGCCACCAGCCUCCUCCCCCUCCUCACCAUCACCAGCAGCAGCCGCCUCCUCCUCCUCCGCCUCCAUCAUCCUCCACCGCCCCUCAAGCUCCUCCCCCACCACCUCCCGUUCUCACCCAGCCAUCUCCCGCAAGCCUUGCACCGCCCCCUCCUCCUCCUCCCCCUCCUCCUCCUGGCCCCCCUCCUCCCCCAGAGCUGGAUGGUGUCAGCGGCGGCGAAGACUCUCCCCACUCUCCAAAUGCCGGCGGGAAGUCGGCGCUGCUGGAGCAGAUUAGAGGGGGCACCCAGCUGAAGAAGGUGGAGCAGAACAACACCAAAGCUCCGGCUUCCAGCACAGGACGCGACGCCCUGCUGGACCAGAUCCGACAGGGGAUCCAGCUCAAGAAUGUAUCAGAUCAUCCAGAAUCUGCUCCCCAGACACCGGCUCCAGCUGCAGGGAUUGUUGGAGCCCUCAUGGAGGUUAUGCAAAAGAGGAGCAAAGCUAUCCAUUCCUCGGACGACGAUGAAGAUGAAGACGAGGAUGAUGACUUUGAGGACGACGAAGAGUGGGACGACUAGUGAAGAUGUCCGCCCUCAGCUCCCCCCACCCCAGUCCUCCAGCCUUGCACCUACCUACCAACUUUCCGACACUAAAAAUCUUCCAGAACCCGACUACACUAAGUAAUGUAAAUGUUGUUUGAGUUGUAUAUUUAUUUUUGCUUUUUUUGUUUUUUUGUUCAAAAGCCCAAUUAUUUCAAUUAUUCUGUGCAAUACCUCAUCUGUUAAACUGUCGCAUUCAUCCCACACCCUUGUGGUAAACUCUCUCGUUCUGGUGUCGUUAUGGAGCACUUAAAUGCAUCAUCAGCGCAGUGCAGAGACUCAGCCAGCUGUUUCUCUCUUUCACCAAGUGACAGAAGGAAAAGCUCCUGCAGCGAGGGCCUGGAGUUGGUUUGGGAUUCAUGGGAAGGCAUUCUGUUACAUUUCAUUGCCUGUUUGAGAAACGUCAAAGGGACAAUUUUCCAAGCAAAAAGGCAGGAAAAUCUUUGUUUGAAAUGCAAAUGAACUCUAUUUUCUUAUCACAUGCGUUCCCCUCCUUUUCUUUGCCACUCUGCUGUCUUUCACGUCCUACUGAAGGUGUAGUGCAGAGCUCUUGUCGUGUUGUAAUUCUAAUGGAUGACCAAACUGGGGCUGCUCGCUCGCCUCGUGUUGAUCUGUGUUUCAUUUUUCAUGUGAUUUAAUGGUUUUGUUGUUGUUUUUUUGCACAGUUUCUAUAAUAGUUUUGUUUGUUUUUUUUUUAGUGUAUUUGUCUGUAAUGGUAGCAUACAUACAGUAGGGUAGACUGACAUCAACUGUUACAUGAUAAUGUUUGAGUUGCAGACUUUUUUUUGUUUCAUUUGCCCAUUUGUGCAUCACAUUUCAGUAAAGCUGAUAUAAUGGAAUACUUGUUUAGCUUUCUUUGUUUUCUGCAACAUUCCGUUGUUCUGCGAGAGAUAUUUCACAUUUCGUUUAAAGAAAACAGGUAAAAAAAUAGCAUUUUUCAUCUAUUUUAAGAAACUAUGAUUUUAUGCAAUGCAACUGUAAAUGCCCUUCUAUUGCAAAUACUAGACAAAGCAAAUAAUAAUGAACCAAAUGUGGCAUUUUCAAGCAGCUUGUGGCUUUGGCGAUGCCUGUGAUCUUCUGUCUGCAAACAGUGUAAAGAAAUAAGCAACGCUUGUUGACCUGUGUGUCCUUGUGAGUUUUUACUGUCCUCCAGUGAGGCCUAAUGCUGCAUCAAGAAGCCAAGAUACUGACAUAAAGCCUGUGAAAAAAGGUCAGGAGGGGAUGAGAUGGGAGUGUUCAGUGAGAAUAUUAAAUUGUAUACCUGAAUAAAUGUUAUUAUUUACAGAAAUGA